AUGGAAAACAAAGCUAAAAAAUUUUUUGUUACAGGAUUUGGUCCUUUUGGAGAUGUAGAUGAUAAUCCAUCUUCUUAAUUAAUGAAGAGCAUUUCAGAUGUUGAGAAAAAACAACUUAAUAUUAUUGAUGUAGAUACCCUUGAAGUUUCAAUGAAAGGGGUUUAAUAAUAUCACAAUAGACUUAAAAAUCUUGAUUUAAAUAUGGAUGAAAGUUGUAUAUUUUUACAUUUCGGAGUGAGAAGAGAUAUUUAAAAAAUUUAUCUAGAAUAAUGUUCAUAUAAUAAUGCCAAUUUUAGAAUGCGUGAUCGUUAAAAUGAGCAACCAAAAGAUACAAAAAUUAGCGAGGACUAAGAGCUAGAUUAGUGCAAUUAUACCAUAAUUGAUUGCAAAUAUCUAUUAGAGAAUAAUUUAUAUUUAAAGGAAAAAUGUACUUUAAGUACUGAUCCAGGCAGAUUUUUAUGCAACUACGUAUAUUUCAAGACAAAAAUUGAAUUUCCCAAUUGUCCAUCUUUAUUUAUUCAUGUGCCCCAUUUCACAACUAUUGAUUUUGAAACAUAAAAGAGCAUAUUGACUGAGCUCAUCAAAACUCUAUCAGACAAUAAUUAAAAAAAUUGA